CUCGUCGUGUACACUGCUCUAAAGUCUAUAACCUGUAUAAUACAAAAGUGAAUUCACAUUACUUGUUGAAUCUUUAGAUCAAAAUAAACAAAAAAUAUUUGUAAAAUUUACGGUGAAUUGCAAAGAAAACAUUAAAGAAAAUGUGAUAAGAAAUAAAAAAAAAAUAAUUUACUAGAUCCUCGAAAUUAUUACAGAAUUAAAUACACAAAAUUACAGAGUUUCUUGCUAAAUAUCAAAUAUUUUAUAAUUACAUACCCAUUUACUAUACAAAAAGUGUUAUUAAAUAACUACUACUACGUGUAAAGAGAAAACAAUGCAUUUUCUAAAAGCUUUACUAAUAUGGCUUCUAUCUGUAAUGGUGCGUCAUGGAAUUGCCUCACCAUUACAACAAAUAACAACUGCCACUAUGGGCACACAAUUUAGAAGGGAAUCAGAACCUCAGUGGCAUGUGGAAUUCAAACCGAAAAAUAUGACGGCUCAUAUGGAUACAUUGGAAAAGGUAGAAGUAACAAUUACAAAUAUUGCUGUUGAAAAUUUAAAUUACAUAUCGUUCAGAUUUAAAUCUGAUAAUAAUGAUUUGGCUCGAGUAGAUGAUAUCGUAAUGGGAACACAAGUUGAUCGUCUAAAAAGAAGUUGGCAUGGAAAUAUUACCAUUGAUGUAAUAUUCUUAGGUUCGACACGAAUUAAUGUUGAAAUGACCAAUAGUUUAGAUAAUACCACAGAAUUAAGUAAAGAAUAUUUUGAUUUGAUUAUAAUACGUAAACAGCGUGUUAUUGAUCAUGUCUUUACUGGGUCUGUAAUUUUAUUGGUGUCUUUGUUGUAUAUUAACUUUGGUGCUGCCUUAGAUUUGCAAGUUUUAAAAGGUCUCAUAAGAAGACCAGUGAGUCCUGGUAUUGGUAUUAUAUGUCAAUAUGCUUUUAUGCCUUUACUUAGUUUUGCUGUGGGCUACUUUAUAUUUCCCGAUAAUGUGGAAAUGCAGUUGGGCUUAUUUUUCACCGGUGUUUCUCCCAGUGGUGGUGCCUCGAAUAUAUGGACGGUUAUUUUGGGUGGUAAUAUUAAUCUUUCGGUAUUAUUGACUACCAUAACCAAUUUGGCUGCAUUUGCUAUGAUGCCUCUAUGGAUUUUCACCUUGGGUCAUGUUAUUUUUACACGCGGCAAUUUAAAAGUGCCUUAUGCUAAAAUUGCCACAUAUUCCAUAGGAUUAAUUGUUCCCUUAGCCAUUGGCUUAGCUAUACAAAAAUGGGCACCACGCAUUAGUUGCAUAUUGGUGCGUCUUUUAAAGCCCAUUUCCACUUGUUUAAUAUUAUUCAUUAUAGUUUUUGCUAUAGCUACUAAUGUGUAUUUAUUUAAAUUAUUUUCUUGGCAGAUUAUCUUAGCCGGGUUGUUACUACCUUGGUUGGGAUAUAUUAUAUCCUGGAGUGUGGCUAAGACAUUUAAGCAGAAUUCAACAGAUGCCUUAACUAUUGCCAUCGAGACUGGUAUACAAAAUACGGGCAUUGCCAUAUUUUUAUUAAAAACCUUGCCACAACCUCAGGCGGAUUUAACAAUUGUAAUACCAGUGGCCGUUGAUAUUAUGACCAUGUUUCCAUUGGUGGGUUUAUAUAUUUACAAUAAAUGCACAGGUCGUAAUAUAAAAGAUGGAGUUUUAACCGAAGAACAACAAAAUAUUAGACCUUAAAUAAUUUAUAUUAAAUAUAGUGAUAGUAAGGAAUUUAAGUUUUGUUUUUGUUUAAAAACAAACGUAUCAUUAGACAUUAGUAGUACUCCAUUGUUCCAACUGUGCAAUUUAUGUAUAAAAUAUCUCAAGUUAUUUAAUAACUAUAAAUAUUGUUAUUUUUUUAUAAAUUUAAAUACAUACAUACCUUAAUAA